AAGACACCCCGCCCCACUAACCCCUUUAUAAGAGCUCAGUGGUUCAAAUGAUUCUGGCAGUGACAUGAUUAAACGCACAAUGAGGAGCUUUACCUUGAUAACAGCUUUGAUUCUCUGCUGCAUCAACUGGAUCUCUGUCUCAGUGUCUGAGACUCAGACUGUGGAGGUCCAGCUUGGUCAAGAAGUCACACUGCUGUGCCCCAACAUUUCUAAACGUCGAACUCAGACAGAGUGGUUCAGACUGGUCAGUAGAACUGAGGUCAGCUGUGUCUCCGCUAUGCGCUGGUCUGAUGGCAAAGUUUCAUUCUGUGAUGGAUUUCAAAACAGAUUUGAAAUGAGCUCCAACAUCACCACUGUCUUUCUUCAAAUCAAGCGAGUGGAUUUCUCUGACUCUGGACUGUAUUUCUGUGGAUUUUACAUUUAUGCACACACAGUCAUUGCCAAUACAAUACAUUUAAAUGUUCAAGGUGAUCGUGAAUCUGGCAAUGAAGUGGAUUUUAAGAAUGAAAGUAAUGGUGAAUCUUGCAGUGAAGUGGAUUUUAAAACUGAAGAAACCCCUGAUGGAAUAACAAACCUGAUGACUGUGGUCCUGGGUGGUCUGACUGUUUUCCUCACUAUAGUCAUCAUUGUUCUGGCUGUUAAAAUCAGGAAACUUCAGACAGCUGUGAAUGAAGAACCACAGACAGAAAGAAACAAGAACCUGGGCUCAGAUGACCUGAACUACGCAGCUCUAAGUUUCCAGUCAAAACCAAAGAGAAAGCGCAGGCCUCCAUCAGAGAGAGAGCUGGAGCCAAAUGUUGUGUACGCUGCCACCAGAUAGACUCAGGAAACCACUGGAACAGCAGCUCAGAGUGGAACUGAUGCUUUAUCAUAUUCAUCUGCUGGAGUGUUUGUGUGUGUGUGGGUGGUGUGUGGAAGGACUCAAUGCUACUAAAUAAAAGUUUGAUCAAUGUUUCUGUGUUCAGGCUGUGUUGUUCUUCAUGU